GUUUCGUUGCGCCUUGGUGGCGCCAUGGUGGAACUGGAUGCGCCCAUGGAUCCCAGGGAUCCCAUGGAUCCCAUGGAUCCCAGGCGCAUUGUUGCUGUGGCUGGCCGAUUCAGCAAUUCAUUCCUUGCAUAUCUCAGAUGGCACCCGAGAUCCUAUCAUUUCUCGCCUGGCAGACGCGCAAGGUCGAUGUCCACGCUUCAGAGUUCUCGAUGUCGGUGCUGCUAUGAACCCAUGGACUCUAAAUGUGAUGACUGCUGUGGCAGAUAGGACUCCAGAUGCAGUGGAGGACUGCUUUAAAACUGCCGAUGGCGCCAUCUCUGCUUCUGUGGCGCGAUUUUGCUGCCGUUCAGGCCCUACGACAGUUUUAAAGAUGUCCAAAGAAAUGGGUCAGCACAACGUCAGCUGUUUCACACCUGCUUUCGAAUACAAAAGAUGUUGCCGGGAUGGCGAACCACAAAAAUUGCUUCGGUUUACACUCGAUGUCAACAAAGAGUCAGCAUGGGACCCUUUGUUGCAGCAUGUCGAAAAGGCUGGGAAGUUCGAGUAUGCCGUUGCCUCUCAUAUCAUUGAAGACGUGGUGAACCCCGAGAUUCUGUUGCAGAUGCUUCCACGAAUUGCCAUACGUGGCUUCGUGUCUAUGCCAUCCAAGUUUACGGAACUCAAGCGAGGAGUUGAGGGAUUUGGGCCCCAUCGUGGACAUAUCCACCACCGAUGGAUUGGCACUAUGCAGGGAGGUCGUCUGCUGUUGCUUCCAAAGCUCUCGUUUUUGGAAACCGUUGAAAGCUCGGUGGAAGUGGUUGGAAAUGCCUUAACGGCGGACUCCAUUGACAUGAGCUUCGAAUGGGAAGAAGAUCUUCCCUUCUCCAUCCUCAACGAGGGAUUUGUCGGUCCUACGCCCAUUCAUGUGAUCCAGAUGUACCUGGAAGUCUUUGCAACAUCUGAUGAUGUUGAUGAAGCAUACAUCUCCCGGCAACCCAAGCCCGACUUUCAAUCGGCCUUGCCUUGUGAAUCAAGGCCAAAACCGAAGGCCAUAGAAGAAGAAGCCGGAGCUGGAGUGCUAACCACUGUUCACUUUUGCUCCCUGAGCAGUUUUGAGGGCCUCUCACAACAGCUUGCCGCACAAUUGGGUGCCACUGGGGAGUCAUGCUUUCGCCAAGAGCUGCAGGAAGUGAGAAGGCGGUGCCUCAUAGCCAUGGAGGCAGUCGAGGCUGCUAUGAUGAUCUAUCACACCUGCGCCGCCAUCGAGCCAGAUUCCAGCUCCACUGCCCGGCUGAGUAGCUGUCAGGAAGCAGCGGGUCUCAAGAAGGAAAACUCCUCAGCGAUUCUCUCAGCAUGUAUGGGGGAAGAGGGCCCAGAGGCCUUCGCCGCCCUGCAGACCGUCUUUGCAGCAGCUGGAGCGGAAGCGGGCAGCAUUGACGCCAAGGUACUAAAAACGAGGGCUAACCAUUUGCGAUGUGCCCGUGUGGCGGCGCUGGUCAGGCCUGCUGAAAAUAACAUCCCAAUGGAGGUGCCUUUAGACUGCCUCUCGCACCCCUUCAAGGCGAGCUUUUACAGAGACCUUGCACGGCACUUCGCCGAGCUCCCAUGGAUCAGCUUAAGGCAUCCUUUUUUGCCUUACUACGACAGAUCGGUCUUUGUGGAUUUUGCACAAUCAAUUCCAACUUGGGUGUCGUGGUUGUUCGAGUUUUGGUACUUCUACGACAACAUUUUCUUGCCGAUGUUUCGAGCAGAGCAUGCCUGGGGUUCGCAGCUCGCGCCACUCUUCCGGCUGCCACCGUGGGCUGUUCCCCGUGGCGUGGACCAACGGCAGCUCGUCGUGGAGCACCUAGUGGAGAUGCUGUCGAGCAGGACAGACUGGAAGCAGGUUGCCAUGGCUGAGGUUGGUGUUUUCAUGGGUGAUACAUCAGCAGCACUGCUGACCAAACGGCUUCCCCUGGAAGCAGUACACUUAGUCGAUCCUUGGGAUGGCAACCCCGUCUUUCAGGUCAGUCUGAAUGAAAAGCGGCACUUGGGCGAGGUGACUGGCGCAGAGGCCCGGAAGCGUGUGGAGCAACGUUUCGCAGCCUUGGCUGCGACCUACUGUUUUGAUGGACGUGCCGCUACUCAUCGCUCCUAUCAGGGCCGAGCUGUACCCCGCACGGGCCCAUGGCCAGCCGAACGAUGUGGAAAUCUUGAGGACAAGCCAGGCACUCCACGAGUAGGCAUCCAUGCCACUGGAUCUGUUGCUGCCAGCAAGCGUAUCCUUGGUGGAUCACUUGACCUUGUCUUUAUCGAUGGAGCUCAUGACUAUGAGUCAGUCUCACAGGAUCUCAAGGCAUGGUGGCCCAAACUUCGCCCUGGUGGGGUGAUGGCAGGCGAUUCUUGGGACCGCAGGGACCGCAGGGACCGCAGGGAUAGGGAGCGCAACAUCUUGGGAACGACCUCGCGUGCAGGACAUGACUUUUCGAUGUCGUUCCCAGGGCUCAUGCGAGCUGUUUUGGAGUUUGUCUCGUUGCUCCCAGGGCGGACCGAGGUUUACCUGGACACUGACUACAGCUUUUGGUUCUUUAAGCCGGAGGACGUUAGCAAAUGGCACGCGUCUUGGAGGCCGCGAUUGGAGGGUGGAACGCGAGGACACAAAGCAAGAGCACGAGUUUCCUAAGCCACGGAGGCUUCGAAAACGGCUAGGUGAAACAACCAGGCAUAGCAUUGCUGAUUUAGCUGAUUUAGCUGAUUUAGCUGGAGUUGUGCCGAGUCAGACUCGCAACAACUGGAUGCAAA